AUAUUUACAGGUGCCGGUUCAAGAAAGCUCCCGUAAAUAUCUGACCAUUACCACGCAGAAGGGAAUGUUUUGCUAUAACCGUCUUCCCUUCGGGAUCACCUCUGCGCCGUCAAAUCUUUCAGCGAGUCAUGGACCAAGUGUUGCAGGGCCUCCCCAACGUCCAUUGUUUCCUGGACGACAUUUUGGUGACUGAGGAGAACGAUGCAGAUCACCUAAAAAACUUAGAUGCAGUGUUGGGCCGAUUGGGAAAAUUCGGUUUGCGAGUACAGAAGGAGAAAUGUGAAUUCUUCAAGAGUUCAUUAGAAUAUUUGGGGCAUGUCAUUGAUAAAAAAGGGCUACAUAAGUCCCCAGAGAAGCUUAAGGCCAUAGCGGAGGCCCCAGCCCCCAUUAAUGUGAGUCAGCUCCGUUCUUUUUUGGGCCUGAUAAAGUAUUAUGGGCGUUUUGUUAAAAACAUGGCAACCAUGCUCAGCCCGUUACAUGAGCUGUUGCACACCGGAGUGGCAUGGAAGUGGUCACCAGAGUGUGAGAAAGCCUUUAAGGCAGCAAAAGACCAUUUGCAAUCAGAACAGGUGCUAACGCAUUAUGACCCCAGGUUGCCCCUGCGGAUAGCGUGUGACGCGUCGCCGUAUGGGGUGGGCGCGGUACUUUCGCACGUGAUGCCCGGUGGUGAGGAGAGACCCAUAGCCUUUGCCUCUAGGACACUGAGCAAGGCAGAGCAAAAUUAUGCUCAGAUUGAAAGGGAGGCGCUGGGAAUUAUUUUUGGGGUACGUAAAUUCCACACCUAUUUGUACGGGUGCCAUUUUACACUACUCACAGAUCACAGACCGCUGACAAGUAUAUUGAGUCCCAGUAAGGCGACGCCACCUAUGGCGGCCGCACGACUGCAGCGGUGGGCGUUAGUGUUAGCGGCACACAACUACACAAUCCAAUACAGGAAAGCAGCAGAUCAUGGGAAUGCAGAUGGUCUCUCACGGUUGCCACUGCAGGUAGCGCAUGGGGAAAAGCCAGACGCAGUAGAUAGGGUGACAGUACAUCACCUUGAGACACUCCCAGUGGACAGUGAAGAUAUUAGGAAGGGAACUAAAUAUGACCCAGUGCUCUCUAGGGUAGUAGAUAUGGUAGUGUCAGGCCAGUUUGUUGGAACAGUUGGGCAGAAUGACGCGUUGGCACCCUUCUACAUGCGACGAGACGAACUGACGGUGAUCCAGGGGUGUUUGCUAUGGGGCAGUAGAGUGGUGGUGCCUCCAGCGUUGAGACCGCAGCUUCUGAAGGAACUACAUGCCGGGCACCCAGGCAUGGUCAAGAUGAAGGCCAUUGCACGGAGCCAUGUCUGGUGGCCGGGGUUAGACGCCCAGAUUGAACAGCAGGCCAGGACAUGCUCUACGUGUCAACGGAACCAAAAGAACCCGGCGCUCUCCCCACUGCACACCUGGCCGUGGCCGGGAUCUCCAUGGCAACGGAUCCAUGUGGACUUUGCGGGGCCGUUCGAAGGACACAUGUUCUUGGUGGUGGUAGAUGCGUACUCUAAGUGGCCGGAAGUACAGGUGAUGAAAACGACGACGACGGAGAAGACUGUACAGGCCCUGAGGAGUAUGUUUGCCCGCAACGGAGUACCAGAGACACUGGUUAGUGACAAUGGGCCACAAUUCACAGCGGCAGAGUUCGGGGCAUUUCUCCGGGCAAACGGAGUGAAGCACAAAAGGUCAGCGCCGUUUCACCCCGCCACGAACGGUCAAGCAGAGCGUUUUGUGCAGACGCUGAAGCGUUCAUUGAAAGCGUCUAGGGGAACAUUUACGCUGCAACAUCGAGUGGAGGCAUUUUUACUCAGCUACAGGAAUGCGCCUCGCAUGACGAUGAGUGAGUCUCCGGCUAUGCUCUUCCUGCGCCGUCGGCUCCGCUCUCGCUUGGACCUUGUGAAGCCGAACGUGUCGGCUACGGUGGAGCUGGCGCAGGAGGGCCAACGAGAACGCAGAGAUAUGGUGGCUAAGGACAGACGGUUUGCAGUGGGGGAGGCCGUGCUGGUGCGUGAUUAUCGACGGGGGGAGGAGAAGUGGAUGCCUGGACUGGUGGCAUCACAAGAGGGACCGGUAUCCUACUCCGUGGAUGUGGGGGCAGGCGCACUCUGGAGACGUCACACAGAGCAGAUGAGAGCCGGUGACCGUGCGCUUUUGGUUCCCACUGGUCCAGAGCAACCAGCUGUGCUGAGUGAACUGACAAUUGGGGCCCAGCCGGUUGCUCCCCCCCCUUCUCCGGCAAGAGGGGAUGCUCUGGGAACCGGGACAGUCGCCCCCGAGCCAGGAGGGUCACCCAGACGGACAGCGGAUGUUGGCGCGCCAGGCCGGAGGUAUCCACUCCGGGUUACCAGAGCUCCAGACCGCCUUAAUCUCUGAACUGGGGGGCGUGGGUUGUUAGAGAGUCAUGUCACGUUUUGGGGCAGAAUAAUCCCCGUUGACUGACUCCGAGGUUCGGGGGUAGUCUACCCCCCGGCCUCAGUAAGCAUGUAUGUGUUUAAGUUUGAGUUCCCUAUUUACAAUAGCCCCCUAAGUGGGUAUUUCAAUGUAUUUUAUGGUUACACCGCCGAUUCGCACAAAGCAUCAUUUUGCACAUAACACACGUUCUAAGUGCUUAUGGCCUAGUCUGUUUUUAUAGGCUGGGGUUAAUAGGGGUGGUUUUAGGUGGGUGCGAAUCUGAAUAAGUGGGGAGGGAUGUUGUGUAUUGAGCUGUAUGUUUUGUCUGCAUGGUUACACCCAGUGACCACCAGGGGGAGUGCCAGGUGGGUUCAUAUAUGUUGGGUUGAACUUCCGUU